AUGGCGGAGUUAGGGAAAAGAACCGAACUGUAUGAUUAUGCUGUUGCCGACCCGUGCAAAGCAGCGCCGCGGAAUCCGGGCACUGGCGAUUAUAAGACAACCCGCUGGGCAUUCGAUUCGACCGGCCGAAAAUGCGUUCCAUUUGAAUACCGUGGAAUGAAGGGCAACGCGAAUAACUUUAUUUCGCGCGAAUCCUGCGAGACAAAGUGCCCGGUGUUUGUCAACCCAUGCAAAGUUGGAGAGCCCUUCCAGAGUGGUGGGCGUUAUCAGGUGUGCAACCCCGAAUCCCAAUGCCCCGCAAAGCACUAUUGCCAUAUUGGAGAAAGCUCAAACUACUGCUGCCCGAUGCUAGGAGGCGAUCCUUGUGGUCAGCCGAUGGACCGAGGCACUGGUGGUGCUCAGCUGCAGAGAUGGUAUUGGAACGUCAACCAGCAAUGUUGUCUGCCGUUCUCGUACUGUGGCCAGAAGGGUACGCAGAACAACUUCCUCUCACGCACCGACUGCGAACGCACAUGUUACGAAUUGGACAAUCCGUGUGCCGGCGGCGAUCCGCUUCUCGGCCCCAACAAUCGACCCCUCACCUGCCCAGCACCGGAUUCGCCAACUUGCGGAAACGCCCAUUGGUGCCAUAUUGGUGGGAGCCAGCAGACGACGGUGUGCUGCCCGCAAAGAGUGGACGGCGAAGAAAUCUGCAACCUGCCCCUCGUUGAAGGCGAUGGCGACUAUUCCCUCGAUCGCUUCUAUUUCGAUGUCCAAACCCGUCAAUGCAUUCCCUUCGUAUACAAAGGACGACUGGGCAACCAGAACAAUUUCCUCACCCAGGAGGCUUGCGAAAAUCUGUGCCCAGUGUUCGUAAACGUAUGUCCAGUGGGUCAGCCACUCCUCGACACCUCUCACCGUCCGAUACCAUGCACUUUCGGGUCGGACUCGUGCGGGGACCACCAUUGGUGCCAUCUAGGAUUGGUUCCGGAUGAAUACCAAUGCUGCCCAGGCACCCCAACAAACCCCGGCGCCUGCCAGGGCGGACCAUUCGUCAUUGGAAAUGUCUCGGACCGUGCCCCACCUGCCCUUAGAUGGUAUUACGACAAAGACGAAAUGUCGUGCCUUACAUCCACUUACAAUGGCCGACAGGGUUCUCAAAAUAACUUCUUAACCAAGGAGGACUGCGAGGCCACCUGUGACGUAUUCGAAAGCCCAUGUGCCCUACCACUGCCAACCCUCCCAGCCACCAUGUGCCAAUCCGAUAACAUGUGCGGAUCAUCGAUGUACUGCCACAUCGGGCUCACCCAAGAUACCUCGGUCUGCUGCCCGGCUGAAGGCGAUCCCUGCAGCCUGCCGCUCAGCCAGGGACAGGGCAAUGGUAAUGCUCAGAGGUGGUACUACGACCCGUCCAGCUACACCUGCCAGCCGUUCCAAUACCGUGGAACUAAGGGAAACCAGAACAACUUUUUGUCGCGAGAUGCUUGCGAGGAGCGUUGUGGCCCGAAUCCUUGCUUCGAGGGUCGUCCAUUCCAGGGAGUCGACGGCAAAACCCAAACGUGCACGGCUUCCGCUUCAAUCAACACUUGCCCGGCAAGCUAUUGGUGCCAUGUUGGAGCCGAUAUGAGCUUGACUGUCUGCUGCCCAGGAGCUUCCACCAAUGUCUGCAACCUGCCAAUGUCCACCGGUGAGGGCAACUACAACCUGGAUAGGUAUUACUACGACUCCCAGGCCCGAACAUGCCGCCCCUUCAAAUACAACGGACUCAAGGGAAAUCAGAACAACUUCUUGACUCUGCGAGCUUGCCAACUCUCGUGCCAGCCACUUGACAACCCGUGCAUUGGCCAGCCUGCCGUCACCGCUGCUGGUCAGGUCAUCUUCUGCUCGGCCACCAACAAGGACGCUUGCCCGGUCAACUUCUGGUGCCACAUCGGUGCUACACCGGAAACGACGGUCUGCUGCCCAGGAGCCACCAACGCCUGCUCAGUGCCGCUAGCCCCUGGAACUGGUAUUUCCGGCCUGCCCAGAUAUUACUACAACCCCGAUGACCGCCAAUGCGAGCCAUUCACCUACAACGGAAAACGCGGAAACCAGAACAACUUCCUAUCCCAAGCCGAAUGCGAGAGGACAUGUCCAGUAUUCGCGGACCCGUGCGAGGGGCAAGCGCUACGAAAGUCCGACGAUGGACCGCCGCUAUUCUGCGAUCCGAUGCUCCCGCCGCAUUCACCUUCGUGCCCAAGGGCUUACUUCUGUCUCCCCGGCGAUCCGGAAGUGAACAGAUCGUCUGUGUGCUGCCCUUCGAAAUACGCCGAUCCCUGUGAAGCUCCAUUAAACGAAGGCGAAGGCCAACAAUCCCUGGCUCGAUUCUACUACUCCUCCUCGGAGGGCGGGUGCUUUCCGUUUGCGUACAGAGGACAGCGGGGGAAUGAGAACAACUUCCUGUCGCGCCAGAUUUGUGAGGAGCACUGCGCCCCAGUGGGAAAUGUCUGCUUUGGUGGUGAGCCUCCACUCAUCCAAGAUGGCCGUAUCAUCCAGUGCGUCUCGUCAUGUCCAAUAGGAUAUUAUUGCCACAGAGGAGCGAAUCCAAAAACUACCGUGUGUUGUAAGAGCCAAGGAUACUCCUGUGAUGAGCAGCUAAUGCCCGGCGCCGGCGAAGCCACACUCCCACGAUUCUUCUACGACCACGUGGCCGACGACUGCGUUCCGUUCAACUAUACAGGGAUUGGAGGGAAUGAGAAUAAUUUCAUGACGAAGAGCCAGUGCCAGAUCGCGUGCCCAGGUCUUCGUGGCUAUUGCCCACACGGCCGGCCGCAUGCUUCACCGUUGGGGUCAGCUUCACCCUUGGAGCGUAGCAAUCAUGUCGUUACGUCCUGCGGGGUAGAUAUCAGCUGCCCUGCUGCUCACAUUUGUCAUGUGACGAGGAGGACCGGGAAAUCGGUGUGCUGUCCUGAUCCAGCAUCAUUCUGCAUCCAGCCCCUCGAACCCGGGCGAUGCUUCCAAAACACUACUCGCUACGCAUACGAUCGGCACACGGGCACGUGUACAAAGUUCAGCUACACCGGCUGUGGCGGGAACCUGAACAAUUUCGGCUCGUUGGAGAGCUGCACCGAGAUUUGCUAGGAGCUGUGCUUGCUGUCGAUCGACCGGGGAGCAUGUUCGAAUCGUGUAUCGCGAUAUGCUUUUGAUAGACAAACGAAUCAAUGCAUCGCCUUCGAAUACACGGGCUGCGGCGGAAAUUUGAACAAUUUCGCCUCGUACGAAGACUGCGAGGCCACCUGCGCCAAGGUCCGCUUCCGCCGA